AUGACUGAGGGACGCUUUGAGACGAUUCACAAUCUUCGGCCCAAAAAUUGGGAUGGACGCCGUCAUUGGACCAAUUGGCACCACCUCUACGACUGUGAAAAGGAUCACUUGGAGCGCGAAAGCUGUCCAUUUCAUGACCUUCGUGCUGGGGGACAAUUUCAAUAUGAAUACAUGGGAGGUGGGGGUUUUCAGGCUCCUAUUCCUCCCAACCGUCUUAAUGAUCGUCCAAAUGGGGACAGAAUGGAUUUCGCAAAGGGACGUGGUACACAAGUCGGCGGUCUUGGAGACAUCCCGUUGGAUGUGGAGGCCGGAAACCCCAUAAAACACAACAAGCACCCGGGAAAAACUGUGAUACACACCAAGAGGAAUCCAUUGAAUCGUGGGUUAUUCAGUAACUACCCGUAUAUGCCCGAUCCGCUCGAUGGUAAGGCUGCUGCACGCGAUCCCAGAGGUGGUGAGGGUGGAAUAAGGGCCGGACGUGUCGAUGGCUUUGGCCAGGCGCCAGAGUGGAUAGCGGAUCCGUAUAACGACAAAAUUGACCGAGGGCGCAUUCAUCACCUAAAGGCAGGACCAUUGAAUUACAGACCGGAGGGUAUUCCGCCCUGGAUGCCAGAAGGAGAACCCGAAAAACGCAAAAAGCGAGAGUAUGGUGCGUUCUAUGCUGGUAAACCAAGUGGUAUCAUUAAUGAUAUAGAGUGGAUUCCCGAUCCACGAAUUGAAACUGGAGUCAAGAGGCACGCAAGACCUUUCCGCACUUGGCACACACGAACAAAGUGGUCCAUGCCCACACAUGCGCCGUGGUCCACGGGAAAAAUCACGGCGGAACCAUUUCGUGGGCAAAACUUAGAUGUAACAACGGCCGGAUUGCCCUCCUUAGACACUUACAGAAGGGUGAACUUGACACCGAGUAUCGGCAAGGAAGCGGCACUCUCCUUAAUAAAAGCGCCAGAGCCUGUAAGGCUAAAAUGA